AAACAUAGACCAGAGACCAGCCAAACUCACACACAUCUCUCUCUCUAUCUUCCUUCUUCUUGGCCGUCUCUCACACCUACUAUCGGCCGCCGACGAUUCAAGUACUCAGAAUAAACGAAGCAUAUCCUCUAAUAAAAGACAUUUUCCUCUGUUCCCCCAAGAGAGAUUAAUCCCAAUCUAAGCACCAUGGAUCGUUGCAUCUAUGGUCGCUCCGCCGUAUCUUUCUUCUUCUUCUUCCUCCUCCUCACUGCAUCGGCUUUGCCGCAGACUCUCGAACCGGGUCACCACAACAUAACCGGGUCCGGUCAAAUAAACUCAAACUCAGUACUCGUAGCUCUCCUCGACUCACGCUACACCGAGCUCGCGGAGCUCGUCGAGAAAGCUCUCCUCCUCCAAACACUCGAAGACGCCGUCGGUCGUCACAAUAUUACCAUUUUCGCCCCUCGCAACGAAGCCUUAGAGCGUGACCUUGACCCGGAUUUCAAACGGUUCUUGCUCCAACCGGGUAACCUCAAAUCCCUCCAGACGCUGCUCUUGUCACACAUUAUCCCCACCCGGGUCGGGUCAACCCAAUGGCCCGAAGAGAGUUCGAAACGUGUCAAACACGUCACGUUGGGACCCGGCCAAGUGCUGCAUUUGAGCAAAACCAAAGGAAACGGGAAUAGACUAGUGAACUCCGCCGUGAUAACCCGACCCGAUGAUUUGACCCGACCCGACGGGUUGAUCCACGGGAUCGAACGGCUUUUAAUCCCCCGCUCCGUCCAAGAAGAUUUCAACCGGCGGAGAAACCUCCGAUCAAUCUCCGCCGUCUUACCCGAAGGAGCUCCGGAAAUCGACCCGAGAACAAACCGUCUCAAGAAAUCCGCCGCCGCAGCCGCCGCUGUUCCCGCCGGAGCCCCUCCCGUUCUCCCGAUCCAAUCCGCCAUGGCUCCAGGUCCGUCGUUAGCUCCGGCGCCGGCGCCGGGACCCGGAGGUCCGCGUCACCAUUUCAACGGCGAGGCUCAGGUCAAAGAUUUCAUCCACACAUUGCUGCACUACGGCGGAUACAACGAGAUGGCGGAUAUUCUCGUGAACCUGACGUCGCUCGCGACGGAGAUGGGUCGGUUGGUGUCGGAAGGCUACGUCCUCACCGUGUUAGCUCCCAACGACGAGGCUAUGGCGAAGCUGACGACGGAUCAGUUGAGCGAGCCCGGAGCUCCGGAGCAGAUAAUGUAUUACCACAUUAUACCGGAGUAUCAGACGGAGGAGAGUAUGUAUAACUCGGUUAGGAGAUUCGGGAAGGUGAAGUAUGAAACACUGCGUUUUCCUCAUAAAGUUGCGGCGAAGGAAGCUGACGGUUCGGUUAAGUUCGGUUCGGGUGACCGGUCUGCUUACUUGUUUGAUCCGGAUAUUUAUACGGACGGUCGUAUUUCGGUUCAGGGGAUUGAUGGUGUUUUGUUCCCUGAGGAGGGAGAGGAGACGGUUAAGAAACCGAGUGGUUCGGUUAAGAAAGUUGUUCAGCCAAGAAGAGGGAAGUUGCUGGAAGUAGCAUGUAGAAUGCUUGGAGCAAUUGGCAAAGACUCAUAUAUAAGCAAGUGCUGAAUGUAUUCACAAACCCCAAGAGAUUAUUAAAGCCAAAUCUCUGAACUGUUAUCUGUAAACACGUACAAAAGCAGGUUUUUAUGAGAAGAAUGAAGAUUUGGAAGAGAAAAGAGAAGAGUGGAACAUGGAAGAAGAUUACUUAGGUUUUCUAUACAAAGAAAUUGUUUUUUUUGGGCGGUUUGAUUUUUGGGUUAUAAAAAUUGUAAUUAGAAACUCAAUUUUUUAAUUGAUUUGGUGUAUGUAAAAAAGUGAAUUAUAAAGUGGGAAACAAAAGAAAAAGACGUGAGAACCCACCCCCAGCGUUAUCUCUUCUUAUC